AUGCUGUCUGAAGAUGAUUCUCAAGAACUCUUAGCAGUUGAAGCCUCAGGUUCAAUUUCACAAUCUUCAUCAAAUGAUAAGUUAUUGAAAUUAGCAAUUGCUCAAUAUGAAAACACCAAUACAUUACCUAAAAAGAUCUGGGAGUAUAUUAAAACUCAAUUUUUAGGUCAAACCAAUGAAUUAGAAAAAUAUGUCUUGGAGUCAGAACCAAGUGAUUGUUCAUUGGUUGCUAAGUAUUCCCAAGUUACAGACAUUGAUUUAAGUAAACAACCAGGCUUAACUAUUGAUUCAGUCACUUUAAGUACUUUACACAUCCCUCAUCCAUUAGAAAGUUUUUUAAGAAAUGAAGCUAAUCAAAUUCCCGAAGAUAAUUUGGAUUUACUGAAGGAAUUACAAGAAUCUCCUAUCAUUGUUUUCAUUCAUGGUUUAGGAGGUCAAAUGUCUCAAUUUGAACCAUUAAUGGCAUUAUUAUCACAAUGUCUGGAGAUUAUUUCUUUAGAUUUACCUGGAUUUGGUAAUUCCAAAAUCAAAUUUCUUGAUGAUAGAAAAUUAAUUACUAGAUUCACUGAUGAAGAAAAACAUCGAAUUUCAUCCAGUGUACUUAAAAUGGCUUGGGAUGAUUUUACUACUGAUAACAUUGCUACUAUAGUCUAUGAAUUUAUUAUUCAAAAUAUCGCUAAGGAUAAAAAAGUUAUAUUAAUAGGUCAUUCAUUAGGGACAAAUUUAGCCAUUAGAGUAGGUAGAAAAUUACCUAAACAAACCGUAGAAGGUUUAGUUUUAUUGUCACCAAUUCCACCGGAAGAUGAUAUCACGGGAAAAGAUACAUCUCAGCUCACAAGACCAGGACUUAUGAGCUUUGUGAAAGUUAUCCAAAAUGUACCUUGGUUAUUCAAUGCAUUCAGAGUAUGGCAUAGAUUAGAAGGAUUAGAAAGUCCUAGUGUUACUAGACAAUUAAUUAAAUUCAACUCAAUUAAAUCAAAUAUAUACAAUAAAAUGCGUCAAUUCAGAUGGAAUAUGGAUGUUAAUACUUAUACAUUCUUAAGAUAUGUGAAUGGGUUAAAAAGAGAUAAAUUCUCAGGUUUGAUAACUACUAUACGUCAAUUCAACGAUAAUCCAAAUGAUAAGACGGUAUAUGAAAAGACAUUGUUGAUUGGUGGUACUGAUGAUAAUGCAACUCCAGUUAAAAUUAUUCAUGGAAUUGAUAAGGUGUUAACCAAAGUGUUUAAAAGACAAGUAUCAAAAGCAAUUGAAAUCAAUGGGGUUGGUCAUUCCCUACUUUUAAGUAAACCAGAAUUCAUCAGUGGAAUAAUUUUAAAUCAUCUUGAACAAAAACUCCCUGAAAGACUUCAUAUAUCUCCAGCUUGGGUGUUAAAAGUUAAAGCCACGAUUUCAGGUGAUAAAUGGGGAUUAAAAAAUGAAAAGAAAUGGAAGGAAUUAAAGCCAAUCUCCACAAAUAUAACUAGAAAGAGAGGAAGUGAUAUUUCUCCAUUAUUAGGAAUGAAAACAUUAAGAGAAGAUGACGAAGUUCAUUCACCAAAGAAAGUUGAAAAUAUAUUUUAUGGAGCAGAUGCUAAUAAUAGAACGGAUGAUCUACCAAAGGGGAAUCUAAUAGCUAUAGUUGAUAUAUCCCACGACAUACCACCAUACAGUCCAAAAUCAUUUGAGGUUAUAAAAUAUUAUAAAUGCGCCACGGUGUCCAAAGUGGUACCCGAUCAAGUAGCUAUAAGAAGAUUUAUUCAUUUAAUUGAUGAUAUCUUGGCAAACAAUGAAAGUGAGAAUCCAUUAGUUGCGGUACAUUGUCAUUAUGGAUUUAAUAGAACUGGAUUUUUGAUUUGUUGUUAUUUAAUUGAGAAGUUGGGUUGGACAGUUCAUGAAGCUGUAGAAGGAUUCAAAGAGGCAAAACCUCCUGGUAUAAAGCAUCCUCAUUUCAUUGAUGCUCUUUAUGUGAGAUACGAAAGUUAG